AUGACCACUCCAAUAUCAACAUCGCCCACCGCAUCGCCCUCUCCCUCGCCCUCGGCCUCAGCUUCCUCCCUCCUCCGUCGCGUCAGCUCCUUCAAGACAAAAAACGACAUUUCCGAGCCCAGUGUCAGAGUGCGCACAAGAAGCACUUCUAAUCCUGCCUCUGCCUUCAGAAACCGCUCUCAGCCUGUCACGCCUGUUACACCCAACACGCCAUCAUUCCCAAGGCUGCGACCUCCGGUGAAUGUUCCCCGUUACAAUCUUCCUGCAUGGGAUCGUGUUGCCGAUGCGGUUUGUCACAACGCGGAGCCUAAAAAGGCGACUUUUGAGAAAGUACUUAAGGCCUUCUUCAGCGAUCAUGGUCGAAGAAAGUCGUCAGUGGGGUACUUUCGUCUUCCGGACUCGGUGCGGUUUCGAAUCUGCAUGUACCUACUCCCUGAUAACGAAAAGCCUUUGCGCCUGAACAAAUUUCCAUUCAACCAGGAUGUCUGGCGCUCACAAGACUUCGCGUCGGCUUAUUCUACACUGGGUCGAAUCUGGCCGUACUUGGAAGUAUCAUUCGCCUUUCGCGCAGAUGUUCUCGUCGCAUUUCUCCAGAAAACGAGACUACACGCCGUCCUCUCACCAUUCACAGGACCAAGAGUGAGCCCUCUUGUGACGAAAUGGCUCAACACGUAUGGGACAUACGCAACCAACAUCACUGUCGAGUUGGACAUGUCGCAUCUGAGCGGCGCUCCGGCCCACGACGCUGCAAUGCUCCUGGCCAACUCUGAGAAAACUGGGCUGCUCUUCAAAGACUUCAUCAUGUCACAACUGAAGCGCAGCGAAGAUUGCCCUUUGGAAAGCCUGGUCCUUUUGUGUCGAAGAUUCUACGGAAAGCGGCCGCCGAAGCCAGAACCUGUGCCAGUCAACACCGCAAGCAGCCGACCACCUUCGCGAGGCGCCAGAACACCCGAAGUGCACAGUCCAAGGGGCAAGGCUCUUCAAUUUUGGGAAUCUAAAUCAAGAGACAAGAUAGUUUUGAGCCCCGCCUCAUCCUACGAUGACCUCAAAAGCGAAACAAUGACUCUCCGUCUUGAAGAUGACUAUUGUCCAGAUUCGCACCUUUUGUUCUGCAACUACAUUCUUCACCUCAAGGGCCGUAUCGCAUCUAUUCGAAUGUGCGGCUUCAGCGACGACUAUACAACACGCCUGAUAGGGGCCUUUUUCUCGGGUCAAAAGACGCUCGCCUACCGUGUCGCACCAUCGACAGUAUGGCCCAAACUCGACGGCCAGAAGUCUUUCCAGGACGCAGGCCACGGUAUCAUUACGCUGGAUGAACACGAAGUUCCUGCCUCGAACAACAUACCUAAUGCUUUGCGCAAAUGGCAAGGCUGUGUUCAGCUCCCACCACCCCUUAUCGACUACCACGGAAACCUCCUUCUUCCCUCCCUAGUAGACGACUUGCAACGGUUGAGGGAAGGUGUUUCGCGAAGCGACACAAGCUUAUCGGAACGUACAUGCGAGGAACUGCAGAUAAAGGAUAAGAAACAGAGUUUUCUAUCGGAGAAGAGAGCGUUUUCUUGGUUCAAGGAACGAAAACUCAGGAAGAAGAAGAGAGAAUUGUCGAGAGACGCCGCUACGACAUAUUGA